AUGACGUCCAGUCGCCCAGAGGCCGGAUUGCCCUCUCCAGCUAACCUGCGGGUCACGAUCAUCGCAGCAGAUGGGUUGUAUAAGCGAGAUGUUUUCCGUUUUCCCGAUCCCUUCGCCGUCGCUACUAUCAACGGCGAACAAACCAAGACGACAACGGUAUCGAAGCGAACCCUGAACCCGUAUUGGAACGAGAACUUUGAUUUCCGCGCCAAUGAAGACAGCAUUCUGGCAGUACAGGUGUUUGACCAGAAAAAGUUUAAGAAGAAGGAUCAGGGUUUCUUGGGUGUCAUCAACAUUCGCAUCGGCGAUGUCAUCGAGUUGGCAGACGGUGCUGAUGAUCAGAUGCUUACACGCGACCUGAAGAAGUCCACCGACAAUCUCGUUGUCCACGGCAAGCUCAUCAUCAACCUGUCGACGAAUCUGUCGAGUCCGGCUAGGCAGCAACAGCCCCCUGCCGCUAAUGGGAGCAGACCAUCCUUAGCUACGCCUCAAGCAUCAACCAUCAGCGAUCGUCCAAGUUCAUCCUCCGGACCGAGUGGACUUGCGCCAGGGAGCCAAACCACCUUGCCUUUGCGGCCGAACAGUGUCACCGCCCCACCUCCGGCUACCAGCAAUGGCGGCAACGGCAGUGCACCCUCGCAGCCCAGAGCAAGUAGCCAGAUGAGCCCCUUCGAGGACUCUCAAGGGCGCCUACCCGCCGGAUGGGAGCGACGCGAAGACAACCUUGGGAGAACAUACUAUGUCGACCACAACACCAGAACCACUAGCUGGAACCGUCCGACUCAAGCGAGCGGAGGCGCCACCGAGCGUGGCGAGAGAGAAGCUGCCACCCAGGUCGAACGACAGCGACACCAGAACCGUACACUGCCUGAGGAACGAACCGGUGCCAACUCACCCACGCUCCAGCAGCAGCAACAGCAACAACAGCAGCAGAGUGCCGCUCAGAGUGCCAGCUCAACUGCAAUGCACACCGGUGCCACUACACCUGGAACUGGUGAGCUGCCUCCAGGGUGGGAACAGCGAUGGACUCCUGAGGGUCGUCCCUACUUCGUGGACCAUAAUACCAGGACCACUACUUGGGUUGACCCCCGUCGCCAGCAAUAUAUUAGGAUGUAUGGCGGGCAGAACAAUGCCAACGGGACCAUUCAACAGCAGCCAGUAUCUCAGCUGGGUCCUCUGCCAAGCGGCUGGGAGAUGCGUCUCACCAACACAGCUCGUGUCUACUUCGUGGAUCACAACACAAAGACGACCACCUGGGACGACCCACGUCUGCCGUCCUCACUCGACCAGAACGUGCCCCAGUACAAGCGGGACUUCCGACGCAAACUCAUCUACUUCCGGUCUCAGCCUGCUAUGCGUAUUCUGUCCGGACAGUGUCACAUCAAAGUGCGCAGAUCCCAUAUUUUCGAGGACUCGUUUGCCGAGAUCUCCAGGCAAUCUGCUACGGAUCUAAAGAAACGGCUCAUGAUCAAGUUCGAUGGCGAAGACGGUUUGGACUAUGGUGGUCUGUCUCGUGAAUUCUUCUUCCUCUUGUCUCACGAGAUGUUCAACCCCUUCUAUUGUCUUUUCGAGUACUCGGCGCAUGACAACUACACACUUCAGAUCAACCCCCAUUCCGGUAUCAAUCCCGAACAUCUCAACUAUUUCAAGUUCAUCGGACGUGUGGUCGGUCUCGCCAUUUUCCAUCGACGAUUCCUGGAUGCCUUUUUCAUCGGAGCCUUGUACAAGAUGAUCCUAGGAAAGGCCGUGUCUUUGGCGGACAUGGAAGGUGUAGAUGCUGAUUUCCACCGCAGUUUGCAGUGGAUGCUCGACAACGACAUUUCGGGUGGCAUCCUGGAGCAGACAUUCUCUACUGAAGACGAGCGCUUCGGAGUCAUGACCGUGGAAGAUCUGAAGCCGAACGGACGAAACAUUGAUGUUACAAACGAGAACAAGAAGGAAUACGUUGAGCUGAUGGUCAAGUGGCGAAUUGAACAGCGCAUCGCGGAGCAGUUCCAGGCUUUCAAGGAUGGGUUCCAGGAGCUGAUCCCCCAGGACUUAAUCAACGUGUUCGAUGAGCGAGAGCUGGAAUUGUUGAUCGGUGGUAUCGCCGAGAUCGAUGUUGACGAUUGGAAGAAGCACACCGACUACCGCGGGUACACGGAGAGCGACGAGGUCAUUCAGUUUUUCUGGCAGACGAUCCGAAGUUGGGACGGCGAGCAGAAGAGCAGACUGUUACAGUUCGCAACGGGCACCUCACGUAUUCCCGUCAACGGUUUCAAGGAUUUACAGGGCAGUGAUGGCCCUAGAAGGUUUACUAUUGAGAAAGCUGGAGAAGUGGGCAACUUGCCAAAAGCACACACUUGCUUCAACCGUUUAGAUCUACCACCAUACAAGUCACUGGAAGCCCUACAGCAGAAGUUGACUAUCGCCGUCGAGGAAACGAUGGGUUUCGGCCAAGAGUAG